GUUCGUUUGCCCUCAAGGCCGCGACAUCCCAGUUGUUUCUCGGCAGAUGCGAGGUCUGACACAAUACUCGCCACAAAGUCUUUCCCCCUCCCCUUAACAGGCGGGCUGGCGCUCAUGAGGGCAUGCCAGCAGCCGAGGGCGAUGAUGGCCGACGCAAAGAGCGACCCAGGCUCGGCUUCUCCGCCAGUCAGCAGAGCUUUGACAAAAACGGGGGAAAUAGCAUGUUGCCAGAGACGUCGCCGCUGACGCUGAUAUGUCAUGAACUCAACAUGGAUCAGGAGCUUGAGUUCGGAAGGGAGAUCCGACGCAGCAGCGAGGAUAUCGUCCUCGGUUUUGCCGUCCGCUGAAGGCGCCGAUGACGAGAGCAGGCUGAAUGCGCGUCCAAUCAUCGUUGCAUGGACCGCACAAUUGAUGUACGCUGUCAUCGGAACCACCGAAUCUCCGUCCCAGUAC